AAAAAUUGACGCCGUUAAUAACGCGUUAAACUGACAGCACUAAUAUUCACAUAUACUUAUAUUGUUGAAAACUUUAAUAUACGGUAUGUAAGUUGAACUUCUACUUUGAGGGGAUGCUUUUAAGUUAUAAUCUUUUUAUGCGCAUGGGGCUGUUGAGAAGGAUGCGGGGUGUUUGUUGGUGGAGCUAGCUGUUCACCUGAUGGCCAGGCGCGGUGUGGAGCCUCCACUGACGGUGCAGACGCAGGGCUUGGAGUUGAACUGGGAGAGCACCACCUGGAAGGGUUGAUGACGAGGAUAAAUGACCAUGCCAAUUACGGAAUCUGCGGCCCUGGAGUGAUGUGUCCUCCUGCAGUAGGAGUUACCUGUGAGAGGGUCGACAGAGAAGGCCUUGUGCGACUGGAGGACGAACACCUGGAAUUCAAAGUCUACAGGGCAGCUGCAGCUCAGCGGAAUGACGUGACAGAUUCUGAAAAGUGAAAUCAAACACAAACGACAUGGGGAACAACACAAGACCAGCUGUGCGCCCCCACGAUGAUGCACACCAGCGCCCUGUACGCAACGCACCACAAAGCUGACCAAACAUGAGGUGAUCCGAGUCCAACAGUCUCUACAUGACGCUUCCGCGGGGACCAGAGCGGGACAAGCAAGGGGCGGGAGAAGAUCAGGGGGGCGGAGAUGGAGAAGGAGAUAUCCUUCGCGUACAUUACUAAAAUUAAAGGAGUUCUCCCCUGUGAGCCGUACUUAGUUUUUGUGAGGGAGGAGGAAUUAUGUAUGAAUAAACUGCAACUGAACCUCACAUCCAAAGCACAAGACUGCAUAGGCAUGUGGGACCAUGUGAAUUGUUGGCCUGACGCAUCUGUAGGAGAAACGGUGUCUCAGCCAUGCCCGAGCUUUUUAAAAUCUGCAGUAAAAGGUAAUGUCUAUCGCAACUGCACUGACCACGGCUGGACUGACCCUUUCUCUCCCCUCGAGGAAACGUGUGAUUACUCGUUUAACGACACACUCCAUUUCUUUGAAGAGUCCACAGGCACCUACCGAUAUUUCUUCUAUGUCAAGACCAUAUACACGAUUGGCUAUUCUCUCUCCCUUAUUUCCCUCACCAUCGCCAUCUGCAUCCUGUGUUUGUUUAGGAAGCUGCACUGCACCAGGAACUACAUCCACAUCCAGCUCUUCUUCUCCUUUAUCCUACGAGCGGCCUUCAUCUUCAUUAGAGAUGCUCAUCUUUUCACCAAUGAAGACCUCUACCACUGUGACUACUACCCAGUAGCCUGCAAGGUUGUGCUGAUGUUCUCUAACUACUGUAUCCUAGCCAACUACAGCUGGCUCCUGGUCGAGGGGCACUAUCUGUACACCUUGGUCAGCGACUCUCUGUUCUCCAAGAGCAAACAUCUGUGGUGGCACACUGUCCUUGGCUGGGGGCUGCCCAUGGUUGUCAUCUCGUCCUGGGGCUUGGCCAAAUACUUUUACGAGGAUGAGGGCUGUUGGGAGACUCGCGGCCAUGACUGGAUCUGGUGGAUCCUGAAAGUCCCAGUGCUGCUCUUCAUAGUUACAAAUUUGCUCUUUUUCCUGAGUAUCAUUCGUGUUCUGGUGGGGAAAUUGAAAAUGUCAGAUGUUCAUGGAAAUGAAAUUAACCAAUGCAAGAGACUCAUUAAGUCAACGUUUUUCCUGGUGGCUCUUUUUGGCUUGCAAUAUGUCCUCUUCGUCUUCGUACCAGUCCGCGUCAGCAACAGAAUGUUCAAAAUAUGGAACUUCGCUGAGCUCGCCCUUGCCUCCAUGCAGGGGUUUGUUGUUGCUGUUCUCUACUGUUUUCUGAAUGGCGAGGUUCAGUUUGAGAUCCAGAGGAGAUGGCGCAGGUGGAGAAUGAGACGCCAUCUACACGGGGAGUCCAGACAGUACCAUGGCUCGCUCAGCCAGAGUGGCUCUGCCUGCACCCAGGUCUCCUUGCUGGCCUGUGGCCCCACCCAGGUGGUGUGACCCCCUAUGCAGCAACCUAAUCACCCCAAAGUACCCUGAAGCACAACGCUUGCUCCUUCUAUCUAGACUCCUUGCACUGCCUGUCCCCUUUACAAGUAGUUAUUGUCUGGUUCUAGCUAAUAACCCCCCAGAAACUGUGCACAGGACGGAAUGCCAAAAAUAGAAUGCCAGAACUUUAGAAAACGGAGAACCUUCCCUUUUCAUUCUGACCUCCUGGACUGCAUGUGACAUGCGUAUGCUAUGGUUGUCUGGGACCUCAUUGUGAUGCUGUUUUUGCCUCACGAAUGCAAGCACCACUCCCUAAAGAAUGUGACCAAGUUAGGGGGUUGGCUUGGAGGAGAAUUGUUGGGGAUUGUUUGGAUUGUUC